GAAAUGGGACUUGGGAACUAGGAAGUGAUGUGGCUCUGGCUUCUUGUAUAAAUAAGUAUAGCUUUCACACAGCUUUUGUAUAUGUGUGGUGACAUGUGCUUUAAGAGAUAAUGGUAACAUGCUAAUAGCAGGGAGGAGAUUAUUUCUCGUAGUGAAGAGAGGGAGGGAGAGAUGAGUGCACUUUCAAGUGUAUAACGUGUAAAGCUUUCCCAUGCAGCAGGGAAGAAAGACGGAAAGGGGAAAAUGGUUUUAUUUUUCAGUCUCUGAGCUCUUGCUGGCUGUGACAUGUCUUGGAACUACUGAAAUGUGAGAGAAGCUGUUGAAAAGUCUUAGCGCCGAAGAGGAAAUCCUCUCCGUUCAUAAGGUGUGCUACAUGAAGGGACUUCACUCAAAAUAAGAUGUAACUCUUGGGACAAUCUCACCAGUGCCGUUGGAACUGAAAUUGCCAGGUGUAUUUAAAUUGAUGACCUCUGCUACUGAAAUCUGCUUCAGCACCAUGACAACCGAAGUAGCAGAAGUUGGGGAAUUGUCUUUGGAGUCUUUGGUGACUUGCAAACUGUGCUUAUCUGAAUAUUCACUGGAUAAGAUGACCGCUCUUCAGGGUUGCAAUUGCAUCUUUUGUACCUCAUGUCUAAAACAAUACAUGCAAAUUGCCAUCCGUGAAGGGUGUGGUUCUCCCAUCACUUGUCCAGAUAUGGUCUGCUUAGGCCAUGGGAUGCUGCAAGAAACAGAGAUAGCCAGCUUGGUGUCUGCAGACCAAUUUCAGUUGUACAAGCAGUUGAAAUUUGAAAGAGAAGUGCAUUUGGAUCCACUGAGGACCUGGUGUCCGUCUGCUAAUUGUCAGACCGUGUGCCAAAUUGAACCAAGCGACUCUGGAUUACCGGUGCCUAUAAAAUGUCAGACGUGCUACUUGACAUUCUGUUCAUCAUGCAAAGAACCUUGGCAUGUGGAGGGAUCAUGCUCAGAAAGCCAUUUGGUGGGGACUGCAAAUGAGCAAGGAACGCUUAUUAAAAACAACUCAGAAGCUCCAAUUAAACAGUGUCCAGUCUGUCGGAUCUAUAUUGAGCGGAACGAAGGCUGCGCUCAAAUGAUGUGCAAAAAUUGCAAGCACACAUUUUGCUGGUACUGCCUACAAAAUUUGGAUAACGACAUCUUCUUAAGGCAUUAUGACAAAGGUCCCUGUCGAAAUAAACUGGGCCAUUCACGAGCCUCAGUUAUGUGGAACAGAACACAGGUUGUUGGCAUCCUAGUGGGCCUGGGAAUCGUCGUUUUGGUCACAUCUCCAUUGCUGCUCUUAGCUUCGCCCUGCAUCAUUUGUUGUGUCUGCAAAUCCUGCCAAAGCAAGAAAAAGAAACACAGCCCACCACCAACAUAAAAUAUCCUCCCUAUUUUGGAUGUGGAUGUCGGUCGUGUUUGUCAGGGAGAAGACUUAAUGGUUGACGUCUUGCACUCUGCUUUACCAACCAAUCCUCCUUUGUUCUGCCAACUUCUGUAAAAAGUGCCUACUGGUUCACAGGCUGCCACUUUAUUUGCAAGCUGCAGCUCAGCUGGGGUGGGGUGGGGCUAUUUGUUAUGAUCUGGGUUAACUCUGCUUUUUCUUUUUUUCUUUGAAUGGAGCCGGACUUGUAAAGGUAUUUUAAGGUGUUUCAAAAUGACUGCUUGGUUGAAAUUGGCAGAUGAAACUGCAGCCGUUCACAAGAAUUCUGAAUGACCAUUGAUUUUCAGAGCACCUUGAUACUAUAUUUCCUGAAGCAGUUAUACAGUUUGAGUAAGAAAAUAAAAUGGAUAAUUCAGCACUUUUAAAAGAAAAUAUUGGUUACUUUAAAUUUUAGAUUUCUGGUGCAGACUUAGUGGCAGUUGAAAAAAACAACUCCCAACUCUUUUAGUAACUGUACAACUUUUUAUUUUUAAAAAAAGAUCUAUCGCUGAAAAGGGGGAAGCCAUAAAACUCAAGCGUUGAACAUUAUUGAUAGAUCACCUUGCCAAUUUACACUUUUUUUUCAAAGGCAAGUCAGGUCAAAUAAUUUAUUUACAAUAAGUUCUACUUUGCGACAGCACCAAAACCAAUAAUACAAGUCUGGCCUUACAUUGUAAGCCUAAAAUGCUGAGCAGAUCACCCUAUUUGUAUUAUUAAUAUGGCCUAUACAUUAAUUGCUUCCAAGCAGUUGAUAAAUCCUGAGUGCUAGUUGAGAUGCUAGCUUUGGUCCAGAAGUCGGAAGGGUGGCAUAACCAACCUGAAUGUGACAUAACUGGGCCUUUAUUUAUUUUUCUCUAGAUUUCAUUAUUACUGUCUUAUUCCUCAUGGUUGAAGUUUAGCAGAGGAGUGAAAAUGAUAUUGAGCCAUAAGGACUUUGAUCAUCAACUAGAAGAACUGAACUUGUCAAAAGGUUUGCCUUUGUAGACAUACUGUUCAGUAAAGAAUAGUAACUACUUAAAAAACCAAGAACAUGAAUGACCCUAAUAAAUAUUGUUGCAACAAAUAAUAGCCAUUUUGUUGAGCUAGGGGGAAACUGUGAAAAUAACACAGUGUUCUCCGAACAAAUAUUUGUAAGUUGUGGACUAGCUGUAUAUCUACAACAAAACUGUGAAGAUAUCAUAUAACUCAAAACAAGUUACAUGCAUAAGCAUUGUUAAUAAAUCUAAUUUUCAGAUGAAAUAACUACUUGCCCAUGUUGGAAUAUCUACUAUCUCAAAACAGAUCUUCAGCUAAUGUGAAAUAAAAAAAAAGAGGCGUCUUGAAAAUAUUCUAAAAGAACAAAGGAUGUUGGAGAAUAUCCAACCAAUCUUGGUUACAAGAAAAUAAUUCUAUAUUCUGAUCAUGCCUUCAUCCAUACCAUCCCAUUCUAUAAUAAAAGGUGGCAUUACAUAUACAAGGCACUCAAUUAUUUCUUGAACAAUUAAGUUUAUGUAUGCUGUGGUAUCUAAUCUAGUACAUCAAGGAAAGCCAUGUAUGUUUCAUAAUGCUCAAAAUGUUGUCUAAUGUCAUAAAAUUGUGUGGACUUCCACAAAAAAAAAUCUUUUUAAUAAGCUUAAAUUAUUGGAUCAUUUACUGUAGAAAUAAAUUGCCAUAUCAUCAA